UCUGCUCGCGGUCUGGCAUCGUCGGUGUAUACUCGCGAGUUUUGGCGGCAUCCCUUGAUUUCGAGGAGGCGGAUCGUCGAAUCUGCCCGUUCGAUGAGAACUCGUGAGAACGCGCGCCUAUGCUCGGUGCACCAAGAAGCCUCGGCAAGAUCGCGCGGUGGUACCCCAGGACGGUGGCGGCGUGAGCCGUUCGAGGAUUAUUAAUCAUCGGCCGUUCGAGAUGUGAAGACGCCGCCGUAGCUGGAAGCGAUGUGGCUUCCGUUCAUACUGCUCGCCUUGAUGGCGAGCGGUUCCGCGUGUCCGGAUCUGUGCGAGUGUCAUCAAAGCGGCGGCGGGGAGAGGGACUUGCCGGUGUUCGUACGCGUCAAGUGUCGCGGACGCGCGCCGGGAUUGUCGGAAUUGCCGGCCAGGACGAGGAGUCUGGCCGUGGACGGUGCCUACGAUUACGAGGUGAUCGGUCUGUUCGAGGAGCUGGAAGUGAGCGAAACGUUGAGCGAGUUCCAAGUGAUCGGCAUUACGUCGAACGUCGAACGGUACGACGUCGACGUAAACGACACGGCCGGCGAUGCGUCGGCGGAUCCCGAUAACGCGACCACCACUAUCAUCGCCGCCGCCGCCGCCGCCGCCGCCGCCGCCGCCACCACCACCACCGCCAUCGUCGCCACUACUACCAGUACUGCUACCACGACCUCCACCACCACCACUACCACCACCGCCGCCACCACCACCAGCACCACCACCACCAGCACUACUAUUCUACUACCCUACCUCGACGAAUUGUCCGUGACGAACUGUUCGUUGGUGUUCUUGAACGUGUCGUGGCACGGAUUCGAGCGCGUCACAGCGUUGAACCUGUCGCGAAACAAUCUGGCACGGUUGAACGAUGUGACGGUGGGCCGUGCGAUGAAUAUGAGCGAGCUGACGCGUUUCGACUUGUCCGACAACUCGCUGACGGACGUGAGUGCCGGGGCUUUUAGGACGCUUGCGGGAUUGGUGAGGUUGAGUUUGCGUAGGAACGCGAUAUCGAACGUGCACGAGGACGCGUUCCGGGGGCUGGACCGGUUGGAGUUUCUCGAUUUAUCGGACAACAGGCUGGCCGAUCUGCCCGACAGCGCGUUGACACCCCUCUACUCGUUGCAGAAGUUGGAUCUGAGCGGGAAUCAGCUACAAGUUUUGGGCGCCAGGUGGUUCGAGAGCCUGGACAGAUUGAGGGAGCUCGACGUUUCGAGGAACGGUUUGGCGCGGGCUGCUUCCGGAACUUUGCAACCGCUUCCGGGAUUAUCGAUACUAAAACUCUCGGAGAACCCUCUGAAAGAGAGGGACGUCUCGCUGCUGUUGGGCACAGGCAGACGCUUGGAAACCGUGGACGCGUCUCGCACGGGUUUGGCCAGGGUCCCGGCCGCGCUCACGAGAUCGGUCAGGGCGCUCAGAUUGGCCGGCAACAAAUUAACCACGAUCAGGGGGGGCGACUUGGACAGUUACCCCCUCCUACGGAUACUGGACAUCUCGGAGAAUCGGUUGACGGACAUCGAGGACGACGCUCUCGGCCGGCUGGAGGUUCUCGAGGAGCUGGACAUCUCGGGCAACGUUCUGGCCAAGGUGCCUGGCAGCCUGCCGAACAGUCUCACCAGUCUCAAGCUGGAACGAAACGCGAUCGGCCGUUUGAGAACGGACGAUCUCCAAGGAUUGUACAAUUUGAGAUGGUUGACGUUGAACGACAACGACAUCGAGGAGAUCGAGGUUGGGGCCCUCGGCCAAUUACCGGUGCUCGAAGAGCUCGAUCUUUCCGAUAAUCCCGUUAAAACGUUGCCGGCUAAUACCUUGAGCGGGCCGAGUAAUCUGGCCAAGCUUCGUAUGGCGGGAUUAACCUCGCUUCGGGGGGAGCAACAGGAGCAAAGCGACAUGGCGUUUCCUGUGCCCACGCCGGAAAGGCUUGUCUACCUGGACGUGUCGAGAAGCCCGGUCCUUGCCAGGCAGCUUCUCGCCGACGACGCCGCGUUGUCCGCCUGCAAGAGCUUGAUCGAAUUGAACUUGUCCCGAACGAACUUGACGGGGCUGAGGUUCGAUCUGCCGUACGUGCUUCCGCAAUUGCGCGUCCUCGACUUGGCCGGGAAUCGUUGGAACUGCAGCGAGGACCUGUACUGGUUGGGCGAGUGGGUGAGGCAGCACGAGCGACCGAACGAAGACGUGCGUUGCGAUACACCUGGCCGAUUGUCGGGAUCGCCGCUCUACGAAUUACCAUCGCCCCCUAGCCCUCCACCCACCGCUGCCCCGCCGACCGUCAUCAUCACGCCGCCCACGACAUUAUCGAUUCCGCCUCCGAUCGAACGUUCGUCUCGUUUUAAUAACCCGACCGCGUCUACUUCCAACGCAUCCACUACCCACCUAGGGGCCACCGUCGCCUCCGUCCACCCGUUAUCCGUUAUCACCGCCACCGAGGAUCACGAGAAUCGAUCGCGAGCCGAUCGAGAUCGUCGUCCCUCCCUCGUCGCCGAGGACUCGUCGCCGAUCGUCGAGGAAACGUCGACGAGGCCGGUUUCGUCGCCGGCAACGUUGAGCGGAACGGGCUUCGUGGGGACGACGAGGAGGUCGGGACGGAAGGAGGAGCGAGACCCGGCUAAGAAAGUUAUCGAGGUCGAUCGGGGCGCCGCGGCGGAGAUUAAAAAUUCAAUUAUAGACGUCGGCCGGGGCGCGACGAGCCAUGGAAAACCGUCAAUUAUGGGAAGCGGGGACGAUUCGGGAACUUUGGAUAAUCGCGUAGAAGACGGCAGCGAGCAGGGGGAAAGAAAACUCGGCAAGAUCGCCACCUCCUCGUUCGCCUUCAAGCCAUCGAAAGCUAUCGGCCCCCCGUUGUCGAGGGAGCAGCCGUUCGAGAAGAAGUAUUGGACGAGGAGGAGGGCGAACGAUCCGACGACGAGAGAGAACUCGGCGGUGCUCGGCGGGGAGAGUGAUAAUGAUAACAAGAGGGGCGAUUCGAACACGAUAGCCGAGGAAUUGAACGACAGGAGGGCGACCGAUUCCGACGCAAGGGUCUCCGAGGCUUUGUCCGCUGGCGCUCAUCCGGGGAUGUUGGUGCUGGCUGGCGCUGCGCUCGGCGCGGCAGCCGCGCUCACCGUCGUGUUGUCGCGGCGGGCAACGGUGAGGCGAAGGGACAGGUAUCAUCGGCACGAGAACAUCGAGGUGCACACUCUCACCCCGACCACCGAACUUUGGUGACCGGAAUCCGAGUACGCUCGAUUGUUCGACGGGGACAAGGUAUCUGAACAUCGAGGAUCGCGCGUCGAAAGGACGCGAUUACCGGACGUGUACUUUGCCGAUAUUUAGCAGAAGUAACUUUCACUUUCUUUCUUUCUUUCUUUCUUUCGUUUUCUUCCUUUUCUUUUUUUUUUUUUUUUCUACUUCUUUUACUUUCCUUCCCGCUCGUGCCACAAUCUUUGGAAAGACUUUCGAUUUUCGAAUCGAACGAGAAAUGUGAGAAAAAUAGAGAGACUUUUAUACACGAAUCAAAAAUAUCGAACGAUCGAUCGUUUCGUUCGAAUAGAGUUUUAUCGAGGAUAUAUAUAUAUAUAUAUAUACAUACACACUUUUCAACAACGUUUUCUGGCUACGAACCAGAUUAACCGGUGUACUGGUUUUCAAGUGAACGGAUGAACAUUGAACAUUGAACUAGGAACGAACAAAGCUCGAACGGAUCACCUUACUUCUCGAGGAAGCUCCGAGUAGUUCCCGAAUAACCGCCAGAUUCGGCUUUGUCCGUCGGGAAAUACGCACGCGGUAAAGUUCGGUGAAGGAAACUGUUGGCCGAGAUCCCAUGGAGCCUUGGGAGAAACCUCUCCCUCGAUAUUCCUCCAUCUGCCGAUGAACUCGAGGCGGAGGAGAAAUACGGUGAAAUUUCGAAAAAAAAUCCAAGUGUUUCGUCGACUAUGUAACUCGUCGUCGAGAACGAGUUGGGCUGUUCGUUGAACAAAGGGACCGUGAUGUAUCGAGGACCUUAACGAGGCGAUCGAGAAAAACCAAAGAGGAACGUGCCCUCCCUUUCCUUUCGGUAUCCCGGUGAAAGGAUCUUCGUUUCACUCAAAGCACUGCAGGUGGCAAUAAUUAAAAAAAAAAAAAAAGAAAGAAAGAAAGAAAAAAGAAAAAAAGAAAAAAAAUAAGCGCAGUCUCUCGCGCUGCAUCGAUCUCAGGCGAUCGGAACGUUAAAUAGCACACACACACACACACACACACACACACACAAAGUGACAAUAAUAAUUGUAACGUGCCGCGUUUCUGGAUUGGACGCGUUGUUUUCUCGUCGCGCGUUCCAGGACACUUCUAUGAUCUGGAAGUGUGGCUGGGGCUACGUACGGGGAGGGAAAUGUGG